UCUCUUUGCUUUGUACUACUGUAUUAGUACCGGUACUGUAUUAGGGCCAAACGAGCCGAAAUCCCCCUAUAAAAUUAUUCAACAGUCCACUUUUUUUUUUUAUAAAAGUGUGAUUGGUUGAAUGUUUUGGUGUUAUAAGGUCAAUGGUCCAAUACGUAACAAAAGAUGAAAUGAAUGAAGAUGUCGACGUAGGCCUACUUACUUGUGUGUGGGACAUAGGCGCGCCUUCUUGAUACCAUUGUUGAAUUGAACAGACCAGUCAGUCCUUUCUAAGCAUAUUCUGAUGAUGGGAACUUGAUCACACUAUUAUGCUGAUCAAACACCAAUGGAACAUCUCAGCCCUGUGGGAAAGCCUGUACAGUACAUUAAUUCAAGCCUACCAGGAACCCAGGUACUUUUGAGUGGUGAGAAAGACAAACAACUCAGGUAGACACCAACUUAAGCAAGACCGAAAUAAAGUGAAGCGUUAGCAUCCAGGUACGUCAGGAAAGUAGAAUGUGUCACGCAUGGAAAUCGCCGAGGUACAUUGCCGACAAGAGAUAUCUACGUCAUAUGCAAAAUACUCAGCGUAAUUUGACCUGAAAAUCAAUUGUUAUAAGCACUAGGGCUAUGCAUAGUGCAGGCUGCUAAUGAAGUUUCACAGUUUUGCCGAGUUUCAGUUUCUGAAACGAAUGGUGCAAGAGGAGCAGGCAACCAGAACCGAAAUGCCAGGGGCCCAAGACGUGGUGGUGGUAGGAGAUUCAAUGGUGCGCCUGGUGGCCGUGGAGAUGAUAAGGGAUCUUGGCCAAUUGAUCUUAGGACUGGUAUACAACUCUUAUUAUAUCCAUUAAUAUUGCUGUUUAUGGUGUUGUUUUGGUACUUCACUGAGACUUACGAAGCAAUGGCAGAAGUCUAUGUAAUGAUGUCUGCAUAUUCAAACCACCUACAUAAUGUUUCACUUAAAAGGAUUAGUGAUAAGAUGACAGAGGCCCAGGCCAAUGCAGCAGUAUGUUGCAGAAUGAUACAACACCUGUGUCCACUGGUACCGAUCCCAGAUUACAGAGCAAAUCCAUAUGUGGAUGUGGUUGUUCAUUAUGGUAACCAAAUAUUGUCAUUUGGAGUCCAUGAAGAUUCCACUAUUGAGGAGGUUGUCCAGCUAGUACUUCCAGGACAGACUAAUGAGGUUGUUGUCGUGGAUGAAAAUUGGAACGAACUUCAAUUUGCCAUGCGUGUAGGCAUUAAUAGGGUUUUAUAUAUCUACAGCUAAUCUUUUAUUAUAGAAAAUUUUAUGUACGAUACUUAUAAAUGAUAUUUUUCAAUGUGUACACACGUCACCAUCAGGCGAUAGUGUUCAGCUAUUACCAGAUUUAAUAUAUAAAAUCAAUUUAUUUAAAAACAAAAGAUACAAGAUGUACAGCAAAUAGUCAAAUACUAAGGUAAGUCAUAUAUACAUGAAAAAUGAAAAAAUAUAUAUAAAAUAAAAUUUUAGAUACAGUAAUUUGCUAUACGGUAUUGUCCAAUAAUAUUAUGUUCUCAGUGCUAUAAAGGCAAUUGGUGUUAUUUCUAUGCAACCCACCAGUUUUCAUGGUCAUAGCCUUUCCUUGCCAUAGGGGUGCAAAUAUAUAACAGUACAAGCAAUUAUUUAGCCUUAUACCUUACAUGCCUUAAAGUUGCUGGAUGGAUAUACAUAUAUAUAUUAUAAAGCAAAAUAUAUAUUAAAAGGCAAAAUACUGAAAAACAACAAUGCUGUGGGAAACAAUGGCUGGAUCUCAGUAGAGAU